ACGCCGUAUAGACUACCAUGACUCUUGAGGAAAUAGCAACAAAUCGGUUUUUCAUGCGGCCACAUGAAAGUGAUAUGAACACGUACGAUACCAAAGCGUUCAACACGGAAAUGCGUUAAGUUUGUUUACGUGAAAGUUAGUUAAAUUGUAUGUUGGAUUUCGUUACGACUGAGAUGGCAGAUUUCGAAGCAAAUUUGUGGAGUUUUUCUCGAUUUUUGAUGGUCUUAACCGUCAUAUCAUCAGCGUACGGCAUCUCUAUAACCAUCAACAGUGAGCCCAAGGAAACUGUUACUAUUGCCUCUAAAGAAGAAACAACUCCUGUUUCGAAGCUUAGCAAUUCAUCCGAAAGUGAUACGCUAUCCCAACCCGAAAGACAUAAAAGGCUGUUACCAUAUCUCAACUACUAUGUAGCCCAAAAUAAAACUUACUAUAGUCCUAACGCUGGUAAACCCCGAAGAUAUCAUGUUUACGUUCAGAAUAGUCCUGGAAGUGACGCACAAAAUGACUACUUUCCGGAAGAUAAGAACAUUUAUACGCCAUUCUUGGAAACAAAUGCUUUACCAGGACCUUUCGUUCCAAUGGUACCAAGAAACCCUCAGAAGAAUAUCAAAAUUCAUUAUAUAAGGUUGCAAUCCCCGCCACAAACCCAAAAACCACCAAUAGAUUUCAGCUCUAUUUACGGGAAAUUAUACGAGCUGAAGAGCAAGCAACAACUUCGUCAGCCAGUUCAAGUGGAAAACUACGAAAAUCCUCUGAAAUAUAAGUCGCGACCACUGCCACAACCUACCAGUUAUAAGUAUCACAAUAGCAAUACUGUGGUGCAGACCUAUACACCUACGAACAUUGAUAUUCCACAACCUUCAAGUAGUGAAGAAUAUACGAACCAUCCGAAUCCAGAAAUUUCCGUCUCUACAUAUAGAAACGAAUUGAAACACAUACAAAAACCUUACUUUCCCAAGCAAGUGGUGAUAGAUAUCCCGCAAAAUACAUACAUCCAAAGACCCAAGCAAAAACAGAACAUCUACCGAAAACCAAUAAUAGUUAUCCAGAAACCUCCAAUUUACUAUGACGAAAAUAAGGAUAAACCCCACUCUAAACCUGUCAUUUACGUACAAGCAAGACCUCGGCAGAACUUCAAACCAUAUUCUGCACCAGUUGUUGAAGAAAACUACGUAGCUCAGAAGUACCUCAAUUACCCAAAAUACGAAGAGGUCACCACUGUAGCUCCUCCCAAACCGCAAAUAUUUCAACCUGAUUACUACCAGUAUGAACCCGAGUACCCGAUUCGGCCGAUAACGUCUACUCCACUUCCAACAUCUACUGGAGGAAUUUAUAUCGAGCAAAAUCACUUAUCCCAUGAAGAUCCAAGAUCUCUGAGUGUUUUAUUGAAAAAAUUGCAGGAUGCAAAUGCCUUACCACAUACUUUCACAGUUGAUAACAUCGAUAACAGCAUCAAAACUCUGGUGAAAAUCCUGAAUUCCUUAAAGAAACACCGGACAUCAUUCAAACCAAUUGUUGUGGCAGAGGAAAACGAAGAGUAUUCGAGCAGUAGUGAAGAGAUCACCCCUGAGUCUCCACAUGUAGUCGAGGUGAUACAACCACCCCUCGAUCCGGAAGUCAUUUCACAUCCCGAUACAGAAGAAGGUGGUACUCCAGGCACUGCAGGGAAGGACUAUCCCGCUCUUUCAUCGAUUCCACCGACAAGUUUCAAUUGCAAAACGCAAAGAUACAAAGGUUUCUUCGGAGAUCCAGAUACGAAUUGUCAGGUUUGGCAUUACUGUGACUUAAAUGGUGGUCAAGCAUCUUUCUUGUGUCCAAAUGGAACCAUUUUCAGUCAAGUAGCGCUUACUUGCGAUUGGUGGUACAACGUCAAAUGUUCCUCAACACCGCAACUGUAUGUUCUAAAUGAAAGACUGUAUAAAUACAUCCUUCCUUUCGUCCCCAAAUUCCCGGAGGACUAUAGUGGCCCAUUGGUUGAUAAAUACUUGGCAAUCAAAUUCAUGGAAAUGGAGGAGAAAAUGAAAAAAGAACGCAAAGGAAAAGAUAAAAACGAAGAAGAUUCUUCUUCGGAGGAAACGACGAACGAAACAGUGACAGCAACUACAGAAAAAGCAGUUUGAAACAGUCUCUCAAGUGAAUAAAUGAAGAAACUUGCAUUGUGAUCGAGUUGAACUACCCGUACAGUAUAUUUUUGUUACUAUUUAUUUAUAUUUUGAAUUUUUCAAUGAUGUGGAAAUGUAUAGUUUCGAAUGUGAUAGUGAGUCUAAUGUGUACAUAUAUUAUGUUGAUAAAAA